AAUAACAUUUCCUUACAGGUAGAGCCCCAACAUGAGAUGGUGAAUGUCAAUGAAACAACUGUCACUGAAUUUAUACUCCUAGGACUCUCCAGCAGCCCAGUAGCACAAUUCUUUCUCUUUGGUCUCUUUCUUGUCAUUUAUUUAGCAGUCUUGAUUGGGAAUAUUCUUAUCCUGCUAAUGAUCAGCUUUGACAAAAGGUUUCACAAUCCCAUGUAUUUUUUCCUUUUCAAUCUCUCCGUGGUGGAUAUUGGUUACACAACUUCUACUGUUCCCAAGAUGCUCCUGAGUUACCUUUCCCAAGACAAGACAAUUUCCCUAGCAGGCUGCUUCACCCAAAUGUAUUUCUUCAUCUCCUUUGGUGGGAUUGAGUGCCUCCUACUAGGUUUCAUGGCAUAUGACCGAUAUGCAGCUAUUUGUCACCCACUGCACUAUAAUGUGCUGAUGCGCCCAAAAGUGUGUGUUUGUCUUGCAGCAACUGCUUGGAUUCUUGGCUUGUCUAACUCAGGAGUGCAUACUGGCUUGAUGUCUCAUCUGUCUUUUUGUCGGGAUAAUGUCAUUCAGCACUUUUUCUGUGACGUCCCACCUCUGUUCCAACUCUCCUGUUCUAACACACUGUUCAACCAAAUUGUUACUUUUGUAGUGGGUGGAAGUGUGAUCAUGGGUCCAUUUCUGGCUAUCCUGGUGUCUUAUGUCUACAUAGUUGUAGCUAUCCUUAUGAUCCGCACAAAAGAAGGGCGUCUGAAAGCAUUCUCCACUUGUGCUUCUCACCUUAUUGUUGUGAGCAUUUAUUAUGGGACCAUCAUCUUCACAUACAUACGUCCAAACUCCAGUUACUCUCAGGCACAAGACCAAAUCUCGUCUGUGUUCUAUGCAAUACUAACACCUAUGCUUAAUCCAAUCAUAUAUAGCUUGAGGAACAAGGAUGUACAAAGAGUAUUCCUGAAAGUAAUGCAAGGAAAAUAA